CGUUGAAGUAAUGCCUCCAGAGACACCGAGGGAUGAGGAAUCGUCCGACGUUCGCUUGGUAGACGUGGCCAAUAGCACCAACAACGAUGCUCUCGAUUCACAAGAAAUGCUAGUUCUUCCUGAGGAUAAUGAAGAUGCGGACGAAGAAACUAGUCUGUUAAGAAAACGCCCAAAUUCCGCAGGCGACUCGAACGAGAUAACUGUUAGCAGGGGUUUUGAAGAUAUUGACCCAACAAAUGUUAAGAAAAAGAAAACAUUGUUCUCCAUCAAGAACCUUCUGAGGUUGAUUAUAUUAGUGUUAUUUAUUUUGCUUAUCGUGGUACUUUUGGUG